CAUUCUGGACUUUAUCCGCACCCCUCUGUUUCCCUAUAUAGGCACUCCACCGCCGGCCGUGCCCUCUUUAGCAGGUGCAGAUUAAAGAAAAAUAAAUAAAAAUCGGAGUCUUCUCUUCUACCCUGCUUUCGACUCUUUGAUUCCUACGCGAUCGAUCUGUUGCUGAGAUCGCUUUGUGAAAGAAAGAGUACGUCGAUCGAUAAACUGUUCUAGAGAUUGAUUGUGAAAGAAAGGUUGUCUGGAUCGAUCUUACUGUUCUAGAGAUCGAAUUGUGAAAGAAAGAGUACCUGGACUGAUCGCAAGGGAGAUGAAGCCGAGGGUUCUCGAGGACGAUCUCUUUCCGUCGACGCCGGGGAAGGUGAAGAUCGAGCGGACGCACGCGCUGAACCGGAAGCUUCACCGCUGCUUCGCCUCGACAAGCACGCUCUUCCUGUGGGCGCUCCUCCUCGUAGCUCUCACUGCCUCCUACCUCAGUUUCCGGAGCUUCGUCGCCACGUCCUCCCGGUACCUCACCGCUUCCUGGGGAGGCCACCACUGGGAGCGCCAGAUCCGCGCUUCCGCCGCCGUGACACGACCAGAUGGGAUCACUGUCCUCGUCACCGGCGCCGCUGGGUUCGUCGGCUCGCACGUGUCGAUCGCUCUCCGCCGCCGUGGCGACGGCGUCGUCGGUCUCGAUAACUUAAACGCCUACUACGAUCCCUCCCUGAAGAAGGCCCGCAAGGCGCUGCUCGACUCCCACGGAGUAUUCGUUGUGGAGGGCGAUGUCAACGAUGCCCGUCUCCUCGCCAAGCUGUUCGACACCGUGCCCUUCACUCACUUGAUGCACCUUGCCGCUCAGGCCGGCGUCCGCUACGCCAUUGAGAAUCCGGCCUCAUACGUGCACAGCAACGUCGCCGGUCUCGUGACACUCCUGGAGGCCUGCAAGUCUGCCGAUCCGCAGCCUGCCGUUGUCUGGGCUUCCUCCUCCUCCGUCUACGGCCUCAACGACAAGGUUCCCUUCUCCGAGUCUCACCGAACCGAUCGACCGGCCUCCCUCUACGCCGCUUAA